AUGGAUGGAACUAUCGCUACCCUGAAUGCAAGUGCUAAUCUAUUUACUAAAGGGGUUGGAACAAACAGAAGCGUGUUCUGGCGUGAGAAUACAAGGGGAAGUAUUGACAACAGGUUUUGCAGUAUUCGGUUAUGCAAGACUUCAAAAACUAUGAAGUUCAAGCCUGGCUUUGCAUGUGCUGUUUACACACCAGACGUGAACCAAGAGUCUCUGGUAAUCCAGGAACCCAUUUUUCAGACUCCAAAAGCGAAUCCAGAUAAUGUAGCUGCCAUCAUAUUGGGUGGAGGUGCAGGAACUCGACUCUUUCCUCUUACAGGCAUAAGAGCUAAGCCUGCUGUACCAAUUGGUGGGUGUUACAGACUCGUAGAUAUUCCUAUGAGCAACUGCAUCAACAGUGGCAUCAGAAAAGUGUAUGUUCUAACACAGUACAACUCUUUCUCCCUCAAUGCCCACCUGUCUCGCACGUAUAAUUUUGGAAACGGUGUGAACUUUGGAGAUGGUUUUAUGGAGAUCUUGGCUGCUACUCAAACCCCUGGAGAGGCAGGGAAGAAAUGGUUCCAAGGGACAGCUGAUGCAGUGAGACAAUUUACAUGGGUUUUUGAGGAUGCCAAGAACAAAAACAUUGAGCAUAUAUUGAUAAUUUCUGGUGAUCACCUUUGCCGGAUGGACUAUAUGAAGUUUGUAGAGAAACACAUUGGGACAAAUGCUGAUAUCACAGUUUCAUGUGUACCUAUGGAUGAAAGCCGUGCAUCAGAAUAUAGGCUGAUGAAAAUUGAUAGAAAGGGAAGGAUUACUCAGUUUGCUGAAAAACCAAAGGGAUCAGAUCUGAAGGAAAUGCAUGUUGAUACCACUAUCUUGGGGUUAUCAGCUGAAGAAGCAAAGGAACAUUCUUACAUUGCAUCAAUGGGAGUUUAUGUAUUUAGAACUGAAACCCUGCUGAAACUAUUAAGAUGGAGCUGUCCUUCUUGCAAUGAUUUUGGAUCUGAAAUUAUCCCAUCUGCUUUGCGGGAUCACAAAGUUCAAGCAUAUUUGUUCAGGGACUAUUGGAAAGAUAUUGGAACUAUAAAGUCCUUCUUUGAUGCAAAUCUGGCCUUAACAGAACAGUCUCCAAAAUUUGAAUUCUAUGAUCCAAACACGCCUUUCUUCACUUCUCCAAGAUACCUACCACCCACUAAAGUAACAAAAAGCAAGAUUGUGGAUGCAAUUAUUUCUCACGGUUGCUUCUUGAGCACGUGUAGAGUUCAACGUUCUAUUAUUGGCGUGCGCUCACGUAUAGGAUUCGGUUCAUCGCUUCAGGAUACCAUGAUGAUGGGUGCUGACUACUAUCAAACUGAUUCUGAAAUUGCAUCUCUGCUGGCAGAGGCAAAAGUUCCAGUUGGUGUUGGAGAGAAUACCCAAAUCAGGAAUUGUAUAAUCGACAAGAAUGCCAAGAUAGGAAGAGAUGUGAUUAUUUCAAAUGGUGAAGGUGUUCAAGAAGCAGACAGGCCUAAGGAAGGAUUCUACAUUAGGUCUGGCAUCGUAGUUAUACCCAAGAAUGCAACAAUUAAAGAUGGAAAAGUGAUUUGA